AUCCAUUCAAAUCAAACAUCGGAACUAGGAUGCUUCUUCUAGGAAAUUGCUAGAUCAGGGUGGCUAGGAGAUAGGCCUGGCAGAAGUAAGGCAAUCCUGCAUGCCUGCGUGCGAUAUUUUUUGACAGGCUAACGUUGAAAUGACAACCAAUGUGUCACUUUGAUUGCGAAAUCUUGGCGAGCAGGUUGUCCCCAAAGCGUUUAACAGGAAAAUGGCAGAACAAGCACAAGAACCAAAAACCAAAAAGCUAAAGUUCAGCGCCAGCGAGCUGCCCCCCGAGGAGGUCAUGCUGGCGAUCGAGAAGAAGCUUUCCAAGCCAGGAUGGAAGAACCCCGAGCGGUACAUCACUGCAGCGGGGUCAGUGGGGGUGCCAAUCACCAUGAAGAAGCGGAUACCCGAGAGUUUCGUCAAGGUCUGCCGUCAUGAGCACGCCCUUGCGGAGCAGUCGACCCCAGUGCAGACUCGAACGAAGCUUUGUCGCUUUUUCAAACUCAACUACAAGCCACGUGUCCUCAAUCUGACGGACCCACCCGAGGAGUAAGAGCACCUGCUUGACUUUGUUGUUCCUAAUAAAAUAUGGCGUCGUUACACA